GCUCCGCAGCUUGGCUUUGUUUUACCUUCUCUGCUUCCGUGGACGCCUACACACACAACACCGCUUCACAAACUUUCUCUUUUCCCCCGACGGAGAUCUUCCACGGCACAAAACACCAUGGCUCGCUUCUCUGCUUUCGCCUUCUUGGCCAUCUUCACAUCUGCCGCGACGGCGUUCGUCACCCCUCUCGCCGGCGUUCAAAUGGGCAGGAGGUCGGCGUCCGCCAACGUGGCCACAACGCGCAUGAGUGCAUCGCCUGCACCGAUGACCGCCCCACCCACGGCGCAAGAGUUGAAGGACAUGGCGCUGUCCUGCCAGGAAGACGGGUGCUCGGUGGAGACCGUGUCCACCCUGUUGAACCAGCUCAAGACCAAGAAGAAGGAGCUCGAGAUGCAACUCGUCACCGUGGACGACGUCCUGACGAUCAUGGGUGACUCGUCCAGCUUGGCAGAGAAGGGCGAGCUCGAGAAGCUCGUCGAGGCCGUCGGCCGCGUGUUCUCGACCAACGACGGCACGGACUACAUCCCGUUCCCGACCGGCUACUCUGGGGAGGUUAACAAGAAGCAGAAGGAUGCGUGGGACUACAACGUGAACACGCCGUUGAAGCCCGUCAAGCCCGUCUACAAGAAGGAGUAAAAGGAGCACUAGUCUACCUGUUCUCCGUACUUUUUUUAUGGGGCCGUGCACAAGAUGAUGUCUCGGCCUCGGAAACCCAAAUGGGCUCCAUCCAUACGUGUGUUUGAACCGGGAAACAGCAGUCGUUCGUUCUUUAUGGUUGUUGCGAUUUGCCGCGCAGAAUACCGUGCGGGGUCUUGGAGCGUCAUGGAUGGGGGGUAGGAUAGAUUACGUACAGACAGGGUUUUCCCGGAGUGUCUCAAGUGAUGAGGCGGCAAAAACUAGAAAAGCCGUGGGUGGCUCGGCUGCUGCUGUAGCACCAUUUUGAUGUCGCUGGCAGCCGUGUCCGAUUUUGAGGAAGAGAAAGGCCCCUCUUACUAGAGGUUUUCUGGGUUUUGCUUGGCGAGCGGGGACGCACACACACCCGUUUUGGGUUUGUGUAGGUGUCUUCCCGGACUCUAGACUUUAGACUGUAGAAUGCCUUGGUUGGAAUGGACGACGGCGACGCUUACUCUUGAAUUCUUCUGCGUGUGAAAGGGGUUGAUUGGGGUUGAUUGUCUCUAGGACGACGCGCGCACGAGCAUUCGAGUGUACCGACGAGUGUUGGAGCGACGAGAGAAGAACGAGGAAAAAAACUGCUUGCUUGCUGUGCGUUGUUUCACGCCGUGAAGGAAAACUGCUGUAUGGGCUACUUCCGGUGUGCGUGAUCUCUGUCACGCUAUUAUUGUCGGCGGUGACGACGCGCUUAAUUAUUUGGGCAACACGUGCGCGUGUGAUGUGAAAGUUUAUUUACCCACAUCGAAAUGCCGCCGGUAGUAACGUCUCUACGUUCUUUCAUGAAUGGUCCGCGCUUAAUUGUUCGUGUUUCCCCCUC